AUGAGUUCUUCUUUGGGUGUCGUUCUCGGUGGGAUUUUUGCUCUUGUUGUUGCCGGAUAUAUAGCUCAAAGUCGUCUUCCUCCGCCAAAACCAAAAAUUAUGGGAAUAGACCUAGGGACGACGUUUUCCUGUGUUGGUGUUUAUCAAGCUGUAACCGGCCAUGUUGACAUCCUGGCCAACAAGAACGGCAGCAAAGUUAUUCCCAGCGUUGUAGCCUUUACCGAUAAUGGAGUGUUAGUUGGUAGCAGAGCCUUGGCUCAAGCUGAAUUGAAUCCUAGAUCAACUAUUUAUGACGCAAAACGUUUCAUUGGGAAGAAGUUCUCGAAAGAUGAUUUACGAAAACUGUCUUCACUGUACCAGUUCAAGAUCACUUCUGAUGAAAAAGACGAUCCUAAGUUCGUGAUCGAAAGCCAUGGAAACCAGACUUUAGUAUCACCUGAAGAGAUCGGAGCUGCUAUAUUAAGGGAAUUGAAAAGGACAGUUGAGAAAAAUAUCAGUAGAUCUGUUAACCAAGCGGUUAUGUCGGUUCCUGCUGAAUUCAACAUGGCCCAGAGAAAUGCCACUGUUAAGGCUGCUUCUCUCGCUGGGAUCAACGUUGUCCGUGUUAUAAACGAACCAACAGCGGCAGCCAUGGCUUAUGGCCUUCAUAAGAAGGCAGGAGUCGCCAAUGUUAUGGUAGUGGAUCUAGGCGGUGGUACAUUAGAUGUUUCCCUACUGAAUAUCCAAGGUGGAAUGUUUGUUACCAUGGCUAUGGCUGGUAAUAAUAGACUGGGAGGGCAAGAUUUCAAUGUCAGACUUAUGUCUUAUUUAAUGGCAGUGAUAAAAGAGAGAUUUGGACAAGACCUGACAAAUGCUGAAGACAUCCAGCGUCUGAGGCAAGAAGUUGAAUCAACUAAAGUCAACUUGACAUCACAGGACUGGGUCAUAGUCCGAUUACCCCUACCUUCCCUGAAUCAAGGGAAGAAACUUGCGAUAUUCGAGGAGAAGGUUUCAAGAUUAACUUUUGAAAAGUUAAAUGAAGAUUUGUUUCAAAAAGUUCUACAACCCAUUGAAAGAGUAUUGAGCGAAGUUGAACUUCGGAAGGAUUAUGUUGAUGAAGUGGUAUUAGUUGGUGGGUCCACAAGGGUUCCUAGAGUGCGGCAACUCAUUAAGGAAUAUUUCAAUGGAAAGGCUCCAAAUGUAUCUAUAGACCCUGAGCUUGCAGUGGCAACAGGAGUCGCUAUACAGGCAGGCAUUAUUGGGGGAAUGUGGCCACUCCAGGUGUCAGCUCUAGAACUGCCUAAUCACGACUUAAAGAAGAUCCAAAUAGAGUCUUAACUUAUUUCAUGUUUUAUUUUCAACUCCAAAGACGACGGAGACAGCAUCAAGAAUGCGACAAUAGCAAUAGGUUUAGAUCAGCAAAACAACAACAACAUUGCACGUGCACCAUGCUUUUUUUACAUUUCUUUACCACUGUUGCAUGACCACAACAUGAAAUUGCUUAACGCCACGUCUUGUGGAGGACAUGAAUGCCAGACAAUGACUUCCUCUUUCUUUUUCUGAACUGAGAUACAGUCCUGUAGAUUUCAACUCCCAAAAAAUUUGCCCACAUUUGACGAAUUGAAGUUUGAAACAGCUGAAUUUUAAGUGACAUUUUCACAGGCAUUGCCUCCAUUGUUGCUCAUGCUCCUUAUUCACAACAUGGACACAACACGGUAACACAAAUGAUCUUAUUUAUCUUGUUUAUUAGUGACAUAAGCUGUGCUUAUGCAAGAAGAUCCCUGGAGGAUACACUCUAUGACAAGGGUAGGGGAAUUUGUCAUUUAGGUAUUUUAAAUACCUAAACAAAGGGCCUUAAACUAAAAUAGUUCAAAGUGAUGCACCUUAUGGCUGCAUCCAAUGUAAUAUUUAUUAAAUGCAACAAAAAUGACAAGAACACUUACUGUCAGUAGUUAUUGCUAGUUUUCACUGUCAUGCCAUCAAAAAUAAGAAUUAAAACCUUCUAAUAGAUAUAAAAAAGGAAGAACCCUUUCAAAGUGAGAAUUUUACAAAUAAAAUAUUAGUUUUUAGCUGCUCUUAUACUUGAUGAAGGUAAAAACUCAGGAGGAUCAAUAACUCCAUAGUUUGAGAAGGGGACAUUGCCUUUUUUGUAAGAAGGUAUAAAAAGAGGUACCUUGUCUGUCAAGAAUGGUGUAUAAAAGGGUAUGCAGUUGGACCUAAGGGCAGAGCCUCCUCAUUUAACCCUUUAAGUCCCAAUAGUGACUAACAUCAAUUUUCUCCCGACAAUAUCCGUACAUUGUCAAGAGAUAUGGUUAUGAGAAUUCACAAAAUGAUUACCAAAGAGAAAAUGCCUUGAUCUUUGAACAAAUUCUCUCAACUCAUUCUUUAACGAAAUGUAUGGAGACCAGUUUGGAGAAUUUGUUUGUGGAUAUAAUUUGGGACUUAAAGGGUCAAAAUGUUGAGUAGACCACUAGAAUGCAGAUAAACUUUAUAAGUUAAGGUGGGUGUGGAAUUAGUGACUCUAUCUGCAAUUUUUCUUUGCAAUGCUGCAAUGAUGCAUUUAGGGAAUAAUAUUUUCUCAGAGCUGAGGGGAUAAACUAAAUUCCUUUAUUUAUCUCUUUUCUUCUCCUUUGUUAGCAGUAGAUGGGAAAACCAACAUUGCUUUGAAAAAUGUUUUGACCCUUAGGUAUUUUUAUAAGAACCAGCAUUUAAAGGUACUAUGCCAUGCUAUCUUUCCAAUAAAACUAAAACUAUUUUCUCAUCUGUUGAAUUCAAAAAAUAGUGGUCCAUUUUUAUAGUUUAAGACUAUAUUUAUGCAUUGAAAUGGUUUCCUGUUGUAUGUUGCGACAGAUGGCAAAGAUUGACAUGGAUUAAAGCUUGAAGAAGUUGGGCCAACUUUUUCAUGUUUUGACAUGCCUGCAAAAAUCACUCCAAAAAUCAUUAUGAUUAGUGUGUACAGACACCCCCUCCCCUUUUCCAUUUUUUUCACUGAGGGGAGGGGGCGUCUGUACACAGGCUACAUGAGUAUUUUGUGAGUAAGUUAAGGCACUAAGUAAUGACUUCAGAACAGAAUUGACCUAAAACAAUGAUAUCUUCAUGGCAUAGCCUGGUUCAGUAUGGUAUGGUUUUGUCUGCAUGUCCUCUUGCUGUUGCCUCUGAGUACCCCCUCUUCCACAGGGGAAGAAAAUCUGUCAGUUUUGAGAUCUCUAAUACUCAGAAUUAAACAAAAAAACUGAGUGUUGAAGAUUAGGAUUUACAUCCAUGCCUGAGAAAUAAUGUCACUGUUGUUUUUAUUUCAUAAGAAAGACAAAAAGCAAAAUAUGCAGUAUUUUGUUUUAUUUUUAUUGUAUGAAAAAGAUAAAAUCAAAAUUUUAAAAUUUGUGUUUGUUCUUCAGUAAAUAACAUAAACACAAUAUUGACAAGCAAUAAGUUAUACAGGCACCUCUCCACAUAUGUUCACCCAAUAAAGAUUGAAACAUGGCAGGGACCAACUCUAGGUGUUUGUCUUGAAAAUAGUUCAAGAAAAUGUCUACAAAAUGGCAGGAACCAACUUUAGGUGUCUUUUUCAGAGAGACGUCCUUCUUGUAGUGUUGUGUGUCACAAGAGAGAGUUGAUUGUAUACAAAACAGAAGCAGUAAAUAGGGUAAAAAACCCAUUGUGAGGUGACAACCGCAUACUAGAUUAAAAUACAAUAAUUAAAUCAAGAGACCACUAGCCUGUUCCAAGCGUUCACUAUCUGAAUGUCUGGAACAAGCUAAAAGACUGCUAGCAAAGGUCUACCAGAGGGAUAAUUUAAAAUUGUCAUUAUAUAUUUUAAGGUAUUUAUGAUAUUUGUAGCUAGUUAAUACUAGAUUUACUGGAUGUAAUAUUUAUUACAAAAUCUAAAUAUGUUGAACAGGAUUACCAAUGUAUUGAUUUUCUCUCCACUUCUUUGCAUUGAACAAAACACACAAUGCUCUUGACUAAUACAAAUCAAAAUAAAAUUAUGUU